AUACAUAAACAGCAGUGACUCUCAUUCCUGUUGAAUUUUGAGGCAAAAAAGGAGUUGUUUCUGCGAGAUAAACUCGCAUUGCUCUAGAACCAAGUACUAGCAAUGGCUUCUUCCACCGCCGAUUUGGUAAAGCUAGCUCAAACGCUUAUUCGCGAUGGGCCAAAGAGAAUCGAGCCAACAGCUCGACGCGUCCGCGGUCUUUUCAACGGGAAAUAUGCAUUCGACACUACCCAGGCCCGCCACGUGUGGGAACUCGACUUGAGAUAUCCACAAUACUUCAUCCCCAUUUCCAGCUUCACAGCCGACGCCAAGCUAUCCCAAGAAGCCGCCGUCGACAGCACCUCGAGCGGCGCCCACCUUGGCACCCUAACCAUCGGCACGCGGAGCACGCAGCGCAUCCUCGUCUUCUCCUCUGGCGUCCUCAAAGACCUCGUGAAAGUAGAUUUCCCCGCCAUGGACCAAUGGCUCGAAGAAGACACGCGCAUCUACUGCCACCCCAAGGACCCCUACAAGCGCAUCGACAUCCUGCCGUCCUCCCGCAGCAUCAAGGUAGCACUCGACGGCGUGACGCUGGCAGAGACCAGCAGCGCGCUGUUUUUACUGGAAACGACGCUGAGAACGCGGUACUAUGUUCCGCCGACCAGCGUGAAAUGGGAGUAUUUGACGCCUAGCAAUACGCGGACAUUGUGCCCGUAUAAGGGGCAGGCGGAGUACUAUCACGUCAAUGUUAACGGGGGGACGUAUAAUAAUCUGGUAUGGUAUUAUCGGUAUCCGAUUCCAGAGAGCGCGCUGAUUGCGGGGUAUUUGUGCUUUUAUAAUGAGGCGGUGGAUGUAUGGGUUGAUGGGGUGAAGGAGGUGCGGUAAGU